UAAUUGAGUAGAGAGAGAAGACAUAAGAAACUACGCAGAGAGAGAAAGUAAAAGAUUAAAGAAAGCUAGCUUUGGGAACAAUAGAGAUAGAGAUAGAAAAAGGGAAGCUUUGUGAAGAACAAGAAGAAUAACAAAGAAAGAUAGAGAGAGAGAAAGAGAACUGGAAGGGAGAAGGCAAGGGGCUUGGAUUUCUAGAGAGAGAAAGUAGUGUGUCUGAAGGGUGUAUCUGUAUAGGGGGCAGUUAAAAGUAGAAUUGCAGCAUUUGGUCUCUGCAAUCCUCAACAUCCCUUCCUUUUCCAAAGCUCCUCUUGUCUCCCCUUACAUCUUUCUCUCUCUACCGCAUUUUCCGGCCACACUUCCCGCCGCCGGGAACUCCCUUCCUCCGAUUCCGGUUAAUCUCUUUUGUUUAAUACAAUAGUAGACUACUAGCUUGGGACUUCUUUUUCCUUAGCUUGCCUUUUCCUAGUGGGGGAGCUUAGGGAAACAAAAAGUCUAUGUUUUGAUAAAUCAAGAUUCGUGCUUUCCAGCCGGAGUUGGGGUGUCGGAGCUCCGAUUUACUGAAGGCAGAUAUGAAUCUCCGGUAAGGGUUAUCUGGGUGUUUGUUUGCAGCUCGGAAAGUGAGUUUUUUUUUUGGCGGUUGAAGUACUGCAAUGAAGACGCCACCGCCGGCGGCUAACGCCAACCCACCUGAAGCAGCUGAGAAGAAGAGCAUAAACCCAGAGCUAUGGCAGGCCUGCGCCGGACCGCUGGUGAACUUGCCGGCGGCCGGGACCCACGUCGUCUACUUCCCCCAGGGCCACAGCGAACAGGUUGCUGCGUCUAUGAAGAAAGACGUGGAUGCUCAAAUUCCGAACUACCCCAACCUUCCCUCAAUGCUAAUAUGCUACCUCCAUAAUGUCACCCUGCAUGCUGAUCCGGAAACCGAUGAAGUAUAUGCACAGAUGACGCUUCAACCUGUUCCUUCGAUUGACAAGGAAGCGUUGUUAAGAUCAGAUUUAUCUACGAAGGUGAACAAGCCACAGACGGAGUUUUUCUGUAAGACCUUGACGGCUAGUGAUACAAGUACUCAUGGAGGUUUCUCUGUACCUCGUCGUGCUGCAGAGAAGAUUUUCCCCGGUCUGGAUUACACAAUGCAGCCACCUGCUCAAGAACUGGUUGCUAGAGAUUUACAUGACAAUGUCUGGACUUUUCGCCAUAUAUAUCGGGGGCAACCGAAACGCCACUUGCUGACAACGGGGUGGAGCCUUUUUGUGAGUGGAAAGAGGCUUUUUGCGGGUGACUCAGUGUUGUUUAUUAGGGACGAAAAGCAGCAGCUUCUCUUGGGCAUAAGGCGGGCAAAUAGGCAACCUACAAACUUAUCUUCAUCAGUGUUGUCCAGUGAUAGCAUGCAUAUCGGGAUCCUAGCUGCUGCAGCCCAUGCAUCUGCAAACAACAGCCCUUUCACCGUGUUUUAUAACCCAAGGGCUAGUCCUUCAGAGUUUGUUAUCCCUUUGGCGAAGUACUACAAAGCAGUUUAUGGCAACCAAGUAUCCCUUGGUAUGCGGUUUCGCAUGAUGUUCGAGACAGAGGAAUCGGGAACCAGAAGGUAUAUGGGCACCAUUACUGGCAUAAGUGAUUUGGAUCCGGUGAGGUGGAAGGGUUCACAGUGGCGUAAGUUGCAGGUUGGUUGGGAUGAAUCAACUGCUGGAGAGAGGCGUAGUCGAGUCUCGAUUUGGGAGAUUGAACCCGUUACAGCACCGUUUUUCCUUUGCCCUACUCCUCCAUUCUUUAGAGCAAAGCGUCCAAGGCAACCCGGGAUGCCAGAUGAUGACGCUUCCGAUCUGGAUGGUUUUUUCAAAAGGACAAUGCCAUGGAUUGGUGAUGACUUUGGCAUGAAGGAUCCACAGGCUCUUCCCGGUCUGAGCCUAGCCCAGUGGAUGAACAUGCAGUCGAACCCUUCCCUGACCAACACGAUGCAGCCAAACUAUUUGCAUUCGUUAUCUGGAUCGGUUCUACAGAACCUGGCUGGAGGUGAUCUUACACGCCAAUUAGGUUUGCCCGGGCAACAAAUUCCUCAGCAGAGCAACUUACAAUUCAACUCUCCGAGGCCGGGCCAGCAAGUGCAACAAGUUGAUCAGCUGCAGAAGAUGUCACCCGCGGCUAUGAACCCGUUAGGCUCCAUUAUGCAGCCACAGCAACAGCUGACGGACGUUGGUCAGCAACCGAGACAAAAUUUGGUGAAUCAAACAAUGCCGACGAGCCAAGUCCAGGCCCAGCUUCUGCAAGCUCAGGGUCUUGUUCAACCGCAAAACGUUCUUCAGCAGAACCAACUCCAACGAAACCUUCCUCAGAGCCUACCACCACAGCCCCCGCAGCAACAACAACAGCAGAUUCUGAAUCAGAAUCAGCACCCGAGCUUCAUGCCAUCAUCCCAUCCUUCCAAUCCAAUUACCCAACAGAUGCAUUUGCCCGACAACCAAAUUCAGUUUCAACUUUUACAGAAACUCCAGCAGCAGCAGCAACAGCAACAAUCGCUUCUCGCACAGCAGUCCACAUUGCAACAGCCUUCUCAGCUCAGCCAGCUACCCGAUCCUCAGAAGCACGUUUUGGAUGCAUCUCAGAGUUUGUCUAGGUCUAUGUCGACAAGCCAAGUUCAGGAUAAUGUGUCACUGCCACAAUCCCAUAUGAAUAUGAUGAUGAAUAACACCCAAACUAAUCUUCGGUUUUCACAACAACCUCAGCUACCAAAGCUAGCGGAGUUACCUGGACCAGUUGGACCCCCGACAACAAAUCAACUUUCUGCAACUGGUGGUGGCCACUCAAUCAUUACCGAUGAUGUUCCAUCGUGUUCAACUUCUCCAUCCACAAACAAUUGUCCCAACGGGGUUCAGGCAGUGGUGAAUGGCAGGGUUCAGAGAAGCACAGCAGUUGGGGAUGACAUAACCCAGUCCUCUGCUACCCUUUUGAGCUCGAGUGGUCUAGAAGCCAUGUCUGCAAGUAGCAACUUAGCUAAAGAUAUACACCAGAAAGCUGAUGUUAAGAAUCAGUUUAACAUGUCAAAGAGCCAGAAUCAAGGAUUCUUGACACCUCCGGUGUACCAUAAUGGCUCAGCAGCACAAUUGGAUUAUUUAGAUAGCUCAUCUUCAGCAACUUCUAUAUGCCUUUCUCAAAAUGAUGUCCAGUUACAGCCGGGCGGCACAAAUCCAAUGUCUUUCACCUCUCAGCCAAUGUUAUUUAGGGAUAUUAGUCACGAUGGAGAAGUUCAGGGUGACCAAAGGAACAACAACAUGCCUUUCGCCACAAACAUUGACAACCAGUUAGGAAUGCCCAUGAUGCCUGACCCUUUGAUCCCGAAGAACUUGGUUGGAUCAGAGAAUAAUCUUUCAUCAGGAGGAGGCAUGCUUUCUAACUACGAGAACCCCAAGGAAGCUCAGCCCGAGCUCUCAUCCUCCAUGGUUUCUCAGUCAUUCGGAGUUCCAGAUAUGGGGUUUAAUUCAAUAGAUUCAACCAUCAAUGACGGUAGCUUCAUGAAUAGGAGUACCUGGGCUCCACAACCACCAAUCCCACGAUUAAGGACAUACACCAAGGUGUACAAACGUGGAGCUGUUGGACGAUCAAUUGAUAUCAUGCGAUACUCAGGAUACGAGGAACUGAAACAAGAUUUGGCUAGAAGGUUCGGCAUUGAAGGACAACUGGAGGACAGACAGAGAAUAGGUUGGAAGCUUGUAUACGUGGAUCACGAGAACGAUGUCCUUCUAGUUGGCGAUGACCCUUGGGAGGAAUUCGUAAACUGUGUUCGGUGUAUAAAGAUUCUGUCUCCACAAGAAGUCCAACAAAUGAGCUUGGAUGGAGAUUUUGGGAAUAGCGUCCUCCAUAAUCAAGCCUGUAGCAGUUCGGACGGUGGAAAUGUAUAAUUUAGCUUUCUUCAACAUUGCAUACUUAUAAAAGGAGCAAACAUGAUGGUAGGAAGCUGGUUUGGGUACAGAAGCUGCCCAAUUAACUGUAUGUUGAGAGCAUCGCAGAAGUUGAGUUGGUCUAUAUAUAGGAAGCUGGUUUUAGCAUAUAGAUGCCCUAGAAAUGAUGAUAUUGUUAGAUUAAUCUCAUCAGGGUCUUUCCUUGUUAAAUGAACAGAAGAAUUGUAGAAAGUAAAAAAGCUUGAUAUUUGUGUAAUACAAUAUAAUGUAGUGUCUGAAUGUAUAAAUUAAAUGUGUAGAUUUCUUCAAGUGAGUUACUGAAUGAAGAAGCUAAGGGUCAUCAGACGUUCAGAUUU